CUGUUCCGUCUCAGACAAACAAGUCCACCAAUCCCCCACUCCCUUUCACUCCCCCUCCCUCCUCUCUCUACUGUACGGCGCGCACCUAUUUACACUAGAUCCGCCGCCUUCUCGCCGUCGCUACGAUGCCGUCCCGCCGCAGAACUCUCUUGAAGGUCAUCAUCCUCGGCGACAGCGGGGUAGGGAAGACCUCUUUGAUGAAUCAAUAUGUAAAUAAGAAGUUUAGUAACCAAUACAAGGCGACAAUUGGAGCUGAUUUUUUGACAAAGGAAGUACAGUUUGAGGAUAGGCUCUUCACCUUACAGAUCUGGGACACAGCUGGCCAGGAGAGAUUCCAGAGCCUAGGUGUUGCUUUCUACCGUGGUGCUGAUUGCUGUGUCCUUGUAUAUGAUGUCAACUCAAUGAAAUCUUUUGACAACCUUAACAACUGGAGAGAUGAAUUCCUUAUUCAGGCAAGCCCUUCAGAUCCAGAGAAUUUCCCGUUUGUUGUUCUCGGAAACAAAAUUGAUGUGGAUAGUGGGAACAGCAGAGUGGUGUCAGAGAAAAAGGCUCGAGCUUGGUGCGCCUCUAAAGGUAUCCCAUACUUUGAGACCUCUGCCAAGGAAGGCAUUAAUGUGGAAGAAGCAUUCCAGUGCAUAGCAAAGAAUGCCUUGAAGAGUGGAGAAGAGGAAGAGAUAUACUUGCCAGACACCAUUGAUGUUGGAACCAGCAGCCGGCCGACACCAACAGGAUGUGAAUGCUGAAUAUAUUGUGAUUUUCAGCAGCAGUAAACACAUCACAAGUCUGACAAAUGAUUCGGCCUUCGCAACCAUCUCAAUAGGAACUGUUUAUGGGGCUACACUGUACAUUAAUGUAGACCUGUGUGAGAAACAAAUUGCUCUGUCAAAUGUCCGUUGGAUUUAGUUAUUUGGUGCCAUUUGUGUUUUAAGAUCGUAUUUGUUACCUAUUUUUGGUUAGUCACUGCGAGUAUCAAUUGUUGUUACGAUACUAGUCUUUCAUAUUUCAAUAAUCAUACAUUCUACCCCAACUAUAAAGCUGCAGGCGUUAGUGUAGUAGGCCUGACAGUAGCUGUUCUUAAAAUAUGUUUGCCUUUGAUCAUCCUGGGGAAUUGCUUUAUUUCCAAUGAUUGAUUUCAUUAUACUCUUCCAGAGUGCAGGAAGUUGUUAAUCCGGUACCUUUCGGAAAGAUAGCAUGAUGUUGUUAUGGUUCGCACACCUCCAUGUGGAUUCUCUUUUGCUGGAAAAUUAAGGUGAUGCAGGUUCUUUUCGUUCAUCUCUUAAAAAAAUGUAGAACACAGCAUUUUCUAUACAACUUUGGUGGAGGGGCAAAUGCCAGA